UAUAUUAGUACUAUGCAAUAAGAACCUCACAUGCUCAAAGUACACGCAUAAAUAUACUUCUGCAGCCAAAAACAAUGGCUUAUCCUUGCGUCAAAAGAAACGUAUCUUCACUUCUUCCUCUUCUCGUUCUUCUAUCAAUCACUCCUUUUUCAUCAUCUUUGUCUCCGAGUGACAAAGUCACAAACGAAACACUUAACCAACUCUGCUCAAAACCAAACAUUUACAACCACUUCUGCAUCGCUUGGCUAACCUCUGAUCCUACAACAUUCACCCUCGACCUACAAGGUCUUCUCGAUUCGGUUUUUCAAAAGACGCAAUUGUUGGGCUAUAAGAGCCUAGCGGCGAUGAAAGGCUCAGUGAAUACCACGACUGAUCCGGCGCUCAAGAUCCCAUUUGAGACUUGCGUGACGGAUUAUGAAGUAGCCAUUAAAGCGAUCGAGGAAGCUCAAGGGUUUGUGACAUCUAAGGCGUACGACUUAGCAUCUCUGGGGGCAGCUAAAGCCUUCAUUAGUAUAUCAGUGUGUGAAACUCAGUUUGAAGGACGGGAUAAUGUGCCAGUUUAUGUAACGAAACUCAAUAUGUUUUUUAAGAGAAUGUGUAACAUUGAUAGGGUUUUCUCCGACGUUUUGAGAACUUGAUUCUUUAUAUAUCUUUUACCUGCAAGAUGGCAGAAACUAUUCAAUGUC